UGGGGGCUGGGUUUCCGCUAACUUGGAGGCAGGACAAUUUGAAAAUGGAAGAUGUCGUUUGUGUGUAUGAGGCUUCUGAAGUGUUGUCUGACUAUGUUAGAGCAAUGUAGUAAUCGAGAGUAACGAAACUCAGCUGACAUUGUUGCAUUGAAAGAUACCGAUCGUUCGAUUUGAUUUGUUUUGCAAAGAAGGGUUGGAUUUAACAGACGUGGCUACCGUAUCCAUCUUCCUACUAGGAAACGGAUCAAAAGUGGCCAUGAAGCAGUUGCCUCCAGACACUGUCCGGCUGCUCUCCAGCUCACAGGUCAUCACGUCUGUGGUGAAUGUGGUGAAAGAGCUGGUGGAGAACUCUUUGGAUGCCAAUGCCUCAAGUAUUGAAGUGAAAAUGGACAAUUAUGGAUUUGACCGAAUAGAGGUGCGAGACAAUGGAUUUGGAAUCAAAGCAGCAGACACUCCUGUUAUGGCCAUGAAACACUACACCUCAAAAAUCACCAGCCAUGAUGAUCUGGAGUGUUUGCAGACAUAUGGCUUCCGCGGGGAAGCUCUAGGAUCCAUCUGCGCUGUGUCAGAGGUAAUAAUUACCACAAAAACAGCUGCAGAUGAUGUCAGCACUCAGUACACUCUGGGCUCUUCUGGAAACAUCAUCUCCCAGAAGCCUUGUCAUCUGGGCCAAGGAACAACCGUUUGUGUGCUGAAACUUUUUAAGAACCUCCCUGUGAGAAAGCAGUUUUACUCAACUGCCAAAAAAUGUAAGGAAGAGCUAAAGAAGGUUCAGGACCUCCUAAUGGCCUAUGCCAUUAUAAAACCUGAGCUGAGGGUCACAUUUACUCAUAACAAGGCAAUUGUUUGGCAAAAGGCCAGAGUGUCGGAUCACAAAAUGGCCCUCAUGUCAGUGCUCGGAACAGCCUUGAUGGGCAACAUGCUACCUUUCCAACACCAUCAGGAGCAACCAGAGAUUGCUAUAAGCGGUUAUGUUCCAAAACCAGGCUCAGAUUACACUGUGACUGGCUCCAGUAACCCUGACAGAACUUUCAUUUUUGUGAAUCACAGACCGGUCCGUCAGAAAGAAAUUCUUAAGCUCGUCAGACAGCACUACAACUCGCAGUCCAGUACAGAGUCAUCCCGUGGCCGAUACCCUGUGAUGAUGAUGAACAUUGUCGUCCCUCCCUCUGCGGUUGAUGUGAACCUCACUCCUGAUAAAACUACAGUCAUGCUUCAUAACAAGGAAGCAGUUUUUAUAGCUGUGGAGUCCAUGUUGAUGUCAAUAUACGUCUCCUCCUCGAAUACAGUGCCUGCAGACAUUAGUGGAACAGACGAGCAGACAUCUACCCAAAAAACAGAUCUUCUCAAUGGCUUGGAGGUUACUUCUGGAGGUUCUUCUUCGACUUACAACAGUGGGGAACACACUGAUCUUGAAAAGGUGCAGAAGAGCUUCAUACAACAUGAGCAGACAGGAUCACAUGAUAAAGUCCCACAACAUGCCUCUGACGUGUUCAAUAAGACUGCUCAGGAUGAGAUGCUAGAUGGCACUUCAUCAGCUUCCGAUGGCUGUCAGGUCAAUAAGAACUACUGUGAGUUUGGCGUGUCUUUCUCACUAACUGAUGAGAGCACACUCGCACAUACCCAGCAAGAACACAGUUUGAACAGCGCAGGUGAUCUUGAUGCUCCAAGGACUCCUGACAAUUCAAAUGGCUCAGAUGGAAUAAAAGAUGGUUUUGAGAUAACCGCUGAAAACUGGAGCAAGGGUCAUGCUUUUAAAGACCCUAUAACGAGUGAGUGGCUGGAGCCGGUAAAAAUUCAUGUGCCUAAUGAAAAAGGAAGUGAGAACACGUCCGAUAACAGCCAAGGAACUUCUGAAGCCAAUGCAAAGAUGAGCAAGAACCCAUGCAAAAAUGCAGUGACAGAGAAAAUGGCAAAAGUCACUGCCUACGACUUGAUAAGCAAUCGAACUGUCCGGCAGCCUAUGUCCGCUAGUGCAAUUUUUGAGCAGGAGAUGCGGCCACGGAUUCUCGAAGAGAAUCCAAAGUCCAGCCUGCAAGACAUUACCGGUGCUGUUGAAGGGAUGUGGAAAAACCUGAGGGAAGAAGAGAAAAAGAAGUAUUCGGACAAGGCUGAAAAGGACUUAGCCCGGUACAAUUUACAAACUAAGAAGGCAACAGAGCAAGGUGGAAAAGAAGCAGAGAAGUGGAACAAGCUGGAUUCACUUCCUAGCCGACCAGCAGUCCAGAACCGCAAGGUUUCCCUUCCCAACCAGCAGACGCUGGAUGAGCUCUUUCAGUCUCGAGCCGAAAAGAAAGCCCGUUCCACGACACCCUUUAAACCCAUUCUCUUUAGUAUGAAUUCUCUGAAACAGCGGAUUAAGCUGUUAUCAGAGGAACAGCAACAAAAGGCGGAAGGCCUGCAGCUCGUAAACCGGCUGACUUCACACAGCACAUGGGUUGUUUUAUCUGGGAAAAAGCUCAUGUUGUUAAAUCCUUUUCGGGUGGAAGAAGCCUUGCUGUUUAAAAGACUUCUGGAGAAUAAUAUACUUCCAGCAGUGAGCCUUCAGACACCUAUACAGUUAACAGAUGGCCUCCUCGGUGGAACAGAAUACACAGGUGUGCUCUUCGGCAUGGAGAAGGAAUGCCCAGGGUUAAACGGUGUGACCUACUUUUCAGAUCCAAGACUCGUGGCAAAUGGGUUUAAACUCCGACUGAUUCCAGGUGCCUCAUCCGCUGAGAAAUGUCUGGAAGUCUCCGGGAUGGCUGACUGUGUGCCUUUCUUUGGUGUUGCUGAUUUAAAGGAAAUUUUAAUGGCUGUUUUAAAGAAAAACGCAAAAACUGUGGAGGAGUGCAGGCCGCUUAAAGUUAUCAGUUACCUAGAGGGAGAAGCAGUCCGGCUAGCUCGUCAGUUGCCACUCAACUUCUCCAGAGACGAUAUUAAAGACAUCCUGUCCAGAAUGAAUGAUCAGCUUGGAAAGGAUGACUGGAUGUGUAUCCAUGGACGCCCGUUCCUCCAUUUUCUAAAAGAUCUUCCAGAUUGAAAGCAAGAAGCUGCUCAGACCUCUGCUGAUGCCCUUUCAAAAGAAUCAAGCUUGCCAUUUGUAUGGCCGAUUUACUGUAUCAAGAGUCAGUUUACAUUUCUUAAUAAAUCUGUUCACUGUUCAUUUACCUGCCA